CCGGCCCGCCCCUCCAGGUGUGAGGUGGAGCAGGAAGCGGCGACGGCGGUGCCGGAGGGGACCCGCGCCCGCCUCGGCGCCGGGUCCAUGCGGGGAGAUGGUGGCGGGCCAGGCGCUGGCCGCGCUCCUGGCCGCCCUCCUGGCCGCCUCGGCGCAGCUCCUCCCGCCGCAAGCUUCCUUUGCCAUCUCUCUUCGUAAAGUGGACAACACCACAGUUACAAUUAAACUGAGACCUGGUGUUUCACCAAGCUGUAAAAUUCGCAUUAAAAGUGUCACCGGGUCUGAACUCAACAUAAAGCCUGGGGAGAAUGUGACUUUUACCUUCACUUGUAGUACUCCAGAGAAGUAUUUCAUCAUGGUAAUUCAGAAAAAUAUUGACUGUGUGUCAGGCCCAUGUCCCUUUGGAGAUGUUUAUCUUUACCCAGUGCAGCUGCCCCGCCUUAACAGGACUUACAUCUGGGACGUGAAGGCAAGUACAAAAGCUGGACUUGAACUAAAAUUUUCUGCCCCAUGGCUAAGGCAGAUUGAACCAGGAGAGACGUGCUCAGAUUUCGUUAGCUACAACAUCAACAGCUGUAUUGAUAACGCCACGGUCAACAUUGGCACCUUCUGCAGGAAUGGCUCAGUGUCUCGCGUCAAGUUGCUGGGAGGAGUUGUCAUGUCUCUGCACCUCCCAUGGGACUCGCCCCUCACCACCUCAGGCUUCAACAUAGCUAACAGGACUUCCAUAAAAAGGUUAUGCAUAAUUGAAUCCAUUUUGAAGGGGGAGUCUUCCAUCACCCUGAUGUCCCCCAACUACCCACUGGGCUUUCCAGAAGAUGAGCUCAUGACGUGGCAGUUUGUGGUUCCUUCAAGCAUGAGAGCAAGUGUGUUUUUCCACAACUACAGCCUCUCCAACUGUGAAAGGAAAGAGGAGAGGGUUGAGUACUACAUCCCUGGCUCCCUCAGCAACCCGGAGGUGUUCAAGCUGAGUGACAGCCAGCCUGCCAAUAUUGCUGGUAGUUUCAAUAUGUCCCUGCAGGGCUGUGAUCAGGAUGCCCAGAACCCGGGCAUCCUCCGCUUGCUCUUCCAAGUCAUUGUUCAACAUCCGCAGCUUGAUGAGAAUGUCACCCAUUUGGUUGACCUGAGCAAGGAGCGGAACAUGACUGUAACAAUACACUUCGAAGGGUGGCCUGGCCGCAUCCCACUCAUGUCUGAACCCAUAUGCUUAAUCUGUAAGGAUCCUCGCACCUGCGACCGCAUCUUGACUUUAGCGUCUGGCACUGUCUACAGGAUCUCCUUUCUGUGCAAGGACUUGUCCCGUCUGAGGAUCACGGCUGAAAAAGGCAUAAGCUGUGUUGAUCUUCGGUGGUGUCAGAGGAAGAUCUAUUCUCUUUCGGUGCCCAGGGCUAUUAUGCAAUUGCCAAUUCGGCUGCACAAGUUUAUUUGGAGGCUCUUGGCCCCUGAUCUGAUCAACAUAGAAGUUACCUCUCCGUCCUUGAAACUUCAGCAACAUGUCCCAGAGCAGAGGUGCAACAGGAGCUACAGUUACAGCAUUGUUAGUGCCACCCCAGAGACGGAGCUGAAUGUUGGUGUAUUCUGUCCUGGUGGAUCCAUUGAAAAGAUUCAGAUGAGGAAUAAUAUCACCAUAUCCUUAAAACCAUUUGGUAAAGGAUUCAUCAAUGAGUCUAACCAUCAAGAUUUGAAAAUGUCUUUUGUGCCACAUAUUAAAGAUGAGUGCUCUUUCACUGUGAGUCCAAAUCCAAAGGCCAAAGUUUACUUGCAGACUCCCAACUGGCCUUAUGGUUUACCUCCCUAUGUCUCCAUAUCCUGGUACGUCAUUGUGCCCAGCAAGCAAAUUGCCCGCCUUGGGUUCCCCAAGGACCGCAUGGGUAUUGCUUGUGAGACAGGCCGUGCCUAUGUCAACAUAAAGGAGGAGACUUUGGGGGCAGAGGAGACCGUGCGCCGUGAGGAUGAAGUUCUGCCUGAUCCCCGAAAUAUGUAUCACAACUUUUGGGUAAACAUCUCCAACUGUAAACCUGUGGACAGGAUGCAGCUGACCUUGGAGUUCUGGGUGACUUUUGCUGACAAGCAGAUAGACCUAGGAAUCAUACUUGCUUUGGUAGCCGGGGCCGGAGUUCUUGUGGCUAUCGGACUGACUGUGUGCUGUGUUAAGAAGAAGAAGAAGAAAACCCAGAAUCCCAUGGUGGGAGUGUACAAUGCUAAUGUGAAUACCCAGAUGCCUGGAAAAAAAGGCUUAUUCAGAAAAGGGAGGCAAAACAAUGAGUCUCAUGUCUAUGCAGUUAUUGAUGAUGCUGUGGUCUAUGGACACUUGCUGAAGGAGUCUAAUGGCUCAAUUGCCCCAGAAGUUGAUGUGUACCGGCCUUUUGAUGGACGCGUUGGUAGCUUGCCUCCUUCACCACCUCCAUUCUCCUUCAGAAAAGACAUUAAAUGCUCUUCUAACACUGAGGAGGAAUCUCCAUCUCUGAUGGACACAGACCAUGACACUUACACAUUUGCUCAUCAGAAAUUGGGGCAAUUGGAGGACAAUGGAGAUGCAAAUGAAAAGGAUAAGAGAGACACAAGUAUGCCCUUGCUGGAAAGUAAGAAACAGGAUGGUUUAGUGGAAUAAUUUUAUACCAGGUAUAGCAGUUUUGUGUGGAAACACAGGUGUAAGGAUAGCUGUCUAGGAAAAAAAAAUACUGAAGAGGAGUGUUAUUUUUAAAUAUGUUUUGAUAUUGUGUUGUUUUGUGUUUGUGGUUUUGGUUCUUUUGUGUCAUUUUAUUUUUUUUAAUUUAGCUGUUGAUAACUUUCAAUUUUAAAGUGAACAUCUAGCAAACUCAGUCAGGACAUUCCAGGACUGCAUGCACUUCUGGUACACUUCUGCUUUUUACUAAAAAGGCAUCAGGAAAUUUAAUUCUUAACUGCCAGCUUAAAACUGGGGCCAUUAGUAGUGGGGAGAGUGUUCUGUCCAGUAUUUCUUCCUCUCAAAGUCAUUUGUUUGAGUGUUGGUUGGUGACUCUUAGGAGAUGCAGGCUGCAUCACUGUCUCAAGGCAGCUCCAGGUUGCACACAUCUAAGCAAUCUGCUAAUAUCUGAGCACAGGUGGGGACACUGUCCUU